UUCGUUUUCGAUAGUACAAAAGUAAUUGGUACAUACUUGCGGCUCGUUGAAGAUCGUAAUAGCACCAGCUUCCUUUUUGGGACGAACGUCCUCUGCUCAUUACUGUCAUCUCUUUCCCUUUAUUUUCUUAAUAUCUGGAUCGCUCGCCAGUCUCAGUACUGUUGACCGACUAUCGCAAUGCCUGACCAUCCAACGGCGUCGUGGCAGGCGAUGCAAGAUGGAAACGUGUUCUACCGGAGGCAACAGUUAUAUUCUGUAUCUGGCAAAUUCCCCGACUUUGCAGAUUACAUUAUGGCGGGUUGCCGGUAUGGAGGGCCAAUAGCGGUGAUGCGCGAUACUACCAAACUUGUCGCACUGGGACGAGCUACACCAGCCUUCGGGAAAUCUCAAAUACAAGUCUACUCUCCGGCUGGAGAGGGCCUUCUAAUGAUCAGUUGGGACCAAGGAAAGAUCAUCCGCGUUGGCUGGACGGCCGAUGAGAGCCUGGUUGUAAUCAACGAAGAGGGCACUUAUCGAGUAUACGACCUUCAAGGAGACUACCAACAAUAUUCCUUAGGAAGCGAUGCAGCCGAAAUGGGCGUGAUUGACGCGCGAAUACACGAAGACGGCCUUGUGGCAUUGACGGGAUCAUUGACAUUCUUGGAAGUGAAGGGUUGGAAGGGGACCAGACCGCUAACUCUCGCAAACCCGGGGCUGCCUGAGCCACCACAUUCGUGGGCCAUCAUUCCUCCGGACUUGAAUAUAUCCCGGCAUGUAGAAGUUCUCCUCUCUUCGGAGGGGACUAUCUUUUCCGUCGACAAUCUUGAAAGCGUCGAUCAACGACUAUCACAAGGGCCAUUCACACAUAUCUCGCCAGCUCCUAACGGCAAAACACUCGCGCUGCUCACUUUUUCUGAGACUCUCCUUGUAAUCUCUACAGAUUUUCAACGUCAAAUCACUGAAUUUGAUACACGUACUGUUUCCGCGGAGGGUCAAAUACAACAGGUGGAAUGGUGUGGCAAUGACGCUAUCCUGGUCACUUGGAGCUCCGUAGCAGUUCUAGUUGGUCCUUUCGCCGAUACUCUGGAAUAUUUCUAUAGUGGUUCUUUGUUUGCAGUAACUGAACCAGAUGGUGUGCGCGUUAUGGGCCCAGAUGUCUGUGAUCUUAUUCAGAAGGUACCUGCAUCGGUAUUGGCCAUAUUCAGGCCAGGUUCCACAGCCCCAGCUGCCAUUCUCUACGACGCAUGGCAGAGCUUCACCGAACGCUCUCCAAAGGCGGAUGAAAGCAUCCGCAACAUACGCCCAGAUUUAGCUAUUGCCGUAGAUCAAUGCAUUGAUGCUGCAGGGCAAGAAUGGGAGCCCUAUUGGCAGCGCAGUCUUCUGAACGCAGCCAAGUUUGGUCGGGGGUUUUUAGACUUCUAUAAUCCUACCGACUUCAUCAACAUGGGUCAGACGCUUAAAGUCCUCAACGCGGUCCGCUACUAUGAGAUAGGCAUACCCCUCACCUACGCUCAAUAUAUUUAUACAUUGCCAUCAUAUAUCAUUACUCGCCUUACCUCGCGGAAUAUGCAUCUUCUUGCGCUUCGGAUAUCCAAUUUUCUGGGUAUGAAACCCGAUCACGUACUGAAACACUGGGCCAGUGCCAAAAUUCUUCGAACAAAGCCUUCUGCGGUGGCCGGAAGCGAUGGGGAACUCGGCGGAGAUGAGGAAGUUUGCAAACUGAUCGUCGACAACUUCAAGAAGCUCGGCGGGGCGGAUGUCAGCUAUGCUGAGAUCGCUAAGCGUGCUUGGGAAGUCGGGAGGACGGGACUUGCCACUAAGCUACUAGACCACGAGUCGAAUGCGUCUGACCAGGUACCUUUGCUAUUAACCAUGAAGGAAGACCGAUUAGCACUGGAGAAGGCUGUUGAUAGUGGUGAUACAGAUCUCGUCUACCAUGUUCUUUUGCACCUACAUCAGCAGCUCACCCUCGGUUCCUUCUUUCGGCUUAUCGAGGAUGGUGGUUCUCGCCUUGCCCCAGCUAGCAAAUUACUCCAGGUAUACGCCCGAGAACAAAAUCGGGAUAUGUUGCGGGAUUUCUACUAUUCAGAUGAUAGGCGCGUUGAGAGCGCUGUCUUAGCACUUGACGAAUGCUCAAGAAUGACGGACCCGAAUUCCAAAACUACGUCCGUCAAGGCUGCACAGAAGUUUUUUUCCGAAGACAAGGACCGGGGCUUCGAAGCUAAAAUGAUGGACGAAUACGCGCGACUACUUACAUUCCAGCAGCAACUGGAAAAGGAAGGCGAUGGCAAGAUUUCAUUUUUCGGCCUGAGUAUCAACGAAACCAUUCGCACAUGUUUGCUCAACGGCAUGUCAAAGCGUGCUGAUAAAACAAAAGCGGAUUUUAAAGUUCCCGACAAGCGAUUCUGGUACCUCAAGAUGGCUACACUCAUAGAGAUAAGGGAUUUUGAAGGCCUCGAUGCCUUUUCCAAGUCAAAAAGAAGCCCUAUUGGCUACGAGCCUUUUGUUCAUUGUCUCAUCGAGAACGGGCAUCCAAAAGAAGCUGUACCUUACGUUGCUCGGUGCGACUCUCCGAAGCGCGCUGAUCUUUACGCCGAAUGCAACGAAUGGCGUCUCGCUGCAAAAGAAUGCAAGGAACGUGGGGAUAAAGCCAAGCUCGAAGCACUACGCAAGAAAUGUCCCGAUUCUCUUAUGCAGCGAGAGAUCGACCAGAUCGCAUCGUCUAUGAAGUAGCGCGCUAUAUAUUCAGGAGAUAAGGAUGAGGUCGGUCCCUGAUCAGCAAUUAACAUGGGCACACGAUUUUGAUGGGCAUAUUCGGUAAACGCCAUGCAGCGGUACCUUCCCUGCUCAUGGGAGCUCUAAUUUCCAGAAUGCAAUAUUCUAGUGGGAGUCGUCUACAUCGUCAUCGUCCGUUUCACGCUU